UGAAACGAACUUAAUCUUAUUAGGAGCCGUGGUUUCUGAAAAAAAAAAAAAAAAAACGAUUUCUCUUCUUUCCAUGUAUUUAACUAGGAAGCGCCGAACUAAAGCUUCCUCUAAACCGAAAUAACUUUCGCUCAACUAGGUUGAAUGCGCAAACAAGCGUAUUUCGUCGUUCAAUCACAAUAUAUUUGGACAGAGAAAUUGGAACAGGACAUCAAGCUAACAGCUUCCUCUUUCUCGUUUUCUGUGCCUGCAGUCUUUCGGUCCCCAGCAUCCCGGGCUCUCGCUAGACUCGGAGCGGCAGGCGGUACCGUGUCACGACUGGGACUACGACCUGGCGCCCGGAGUGCAGACCAUGGUGAGCCGCUGGAACCUCGUCUGUGACUACGCCUGGCAGGUGACGCUUACCAGAGUCUACCAGAUCGUCGGCAGCUUCGUCAUGCUGCCGCUGGCGGGUCAGCUGAGCGACAAGGUGGGCCGACGCGUCGUCAUCAACUUCUGCGUCAUCCUCGCCAUGUGCGCCGGCCUGGUUGUCGCGUACGCCGAGUCCUUCGUCGUCUUCGUCGCGUCGCGCAUGUUCGUCGGCGCCUCCGUGAGCACGCUGCGCAUCAACACGCUCAUCCUGCUCUUCGAAGCGGUGACGCCGUCGUGCCGCGACCUGUACUGCUGCCUCGCGCAGCUAGGCCUGAUCACGGGCAGCAUUGUGGCCACCUCGCUCGAGGGCGGAGUCGUCGACGUGCGCGUAGUCGAGGUAGUGGGCAUCAUGCCGACGUCGUUGCUCGUCUUCUGCUUCUACGCGGCAGAAGAGUCGCCCAUGUGGCUGCUGGCCACCUGGAACUUCGUCAGGGCCAAGAAGAUCCUGCUCUGGAUGUCUCGCGUCAACGGCGUCGCUGUCACCAUCGACAUGCCCGCUGUGAGCCACGACUACGGCACGAAGCGCGCCGAAGAGCUGCGGGCGCUCUACCGCGUCAGCGUCCUCGACCUGCUCACCAACGGCGCCCUCCGAAGGCGAGUCGGCGGCAUGAUGUGCGUCUGGUUCUGCCUGCUCUUCGCGAUGCACGGCGUGCUGCGACACACGCCGAGGCACACCGACGUCUGGCUCGUGCUCACUGCCGUGGUACCCCGCGCGGCUGCGCUGCCUGCGGCUUACAAGCUGCUGCGUGGCUCCAGCCGCAAGGCGGCACUGGGGAUGUGCGUCGCUCUAUCCUGCUGCCUUUCGUUCGGCCUGGCGCUCCUCACACUGCUGGCUCCGCCCAAGAACAAAGGUCUGACGACGCUGUUCUGCGAGCUGACCCUGUCCGCCCUGGGGAUGGCCUACACGGUGGUGAUCAUGUACAGCCUCGAGAUGUUCCCCACCGUGAUUCGAACCAUGGCCGUCUGCACCGUGAUGUCGUCUGGUCGUGUCGGAGCGGCCUUGUCCACCGGCAUCGACGCGGCCCUCCAGCGCCUCCACCGCAGUGCGCCGCUAUUUCUGGGCGCGCUGUCGCUGGUCGCCGCGCAGGUUGCCGUGGUCAAGCUCCCCGAGACCAAGUACAGCCGGCUGCCGAACACGAUGUACGACCUCGAAGCCAACGUGGUCAAGCAGGUGGUACUCGACAUACUGCAGAACAGUACCCCGCGCAACACGGUGCAGCAAACCGAAACCAGCGCUCCAGAGAGAAAGUCCCCGAGCACGGGGCACUGAAUGUUUUAUAGUGCGUGCGCUUUGAAUUAACAAAACUAUAUUAUUUCCAUUUCAUGUACGUUAAUUUAUUGUACGUUUAUCGAACCAUGAACGUAUCAUCGUUAUUUCUCGUCUUAAUUACAUGUGUUUCUUUAAAUUUUAGUGCGCGAUUUGUGACUGGAAUUGUGACGGACAAGUACCCUGUGUCUGCAUGGACCGUUCUUCUCAGAAGGGCAACAACGUUUGCCAGAAGAAUACAGGCUUUAUUUGGCGCUUUCGUUCGACUAUACCUCCUACGUACAGCAACGAAUCACUGUAUGCGUCACCAUCUUACGUCAUAUUUCUAUGGUCGCGAGUCUCAUGCGCGACUAUCGUUAAGUCCGGGUUCUGGAGCGUAGCCUCCGUGCUCCAGACAGACGCUUUUGAAUGUGUGCGCGCCACAUGUGUGUGAGCGAACGUGUUUGCUUAGCGCGUUAUACAGUGAAUAUACUGUUUCACCAUAAGGACAUGGAUUUUGGGAAAAUGUUCGCCGCUUAAAACAAUUGGCGUCUUCUUUUUUUUUCAGUUUCAUGUUUUCACGAGACUACCGGUCACCACUGAGCACAUGUUGCUUACAGAACAUUGCGCGUAUUCAGCCAACAAGAGCUGCUUGUUCCCGAAGCUCAAACAUUGCGUGCGCACGUCGUGCUGCAGCGCGAACAUGGAGCUUGCUUCACCAGGAUUAUACGCACGUCUACAUCAAAUUUUAGGCUCUUGCAUCACUACACUGCAUUCCGUAAACGGAC